AUGUGGGCUGGACUGCUGUUGGAAAAUAGGGGGGACCCAGAGAUGCCGAACGUGAACGCCCCGGGCGCCGCGAAACGUAUCAAUGGAUGCGUUACCAGCUACACCAAGGGGCUCGCAGAGAUCACCAAGGACGAAAAGAACCCCACCGUGCAGUUUAUCCACGAGUCGGUGCGAGAUUUUCUGGUCCGGAACGAUGGUCUUCGCUCCAUAUGGCCCGAGCUCGGGGCAGACUUGGAAGCUCGAAGCCAUGACAGACUUAAAUCGUGCUGUCUAGCAUAUCUUGUCCAUCAGGAGGUUAGUUCUAGCUUUGAGCGGCCUACCAGGAAGUCUCUGGAGGGGGAAGAUCUCGAUGAGUAUGCACUCGACACGUCGUGGAUGUUUCCCUUCCUCAUGUACGUUGUAUACAAUGUUUUAUACCACGCCAACGCCGCGGCCGACCUGGUACCCCAGGGACCGUUUAUGGAUAAGUUUCCUCUCCAGUUUUAUGUCUCCUACUUGACAUGUCCCGCCGAUACAGAUCUCCUAUACAUCCUUGCAGCAUCGGGGUAUGCUGCGCUCGUCCGUGCCAGACUCAAAGAUCACCCGAGCAUCGCUGUCCCGGGGUGGGAGGGGGAGUUCCCGAUUACGGCUGCCGCAGCCAGUGGCGACAAAGAAAUUAUGUCGAUGCUAAUAGAAUCUGGAAGAGAUACCUUAUGGGUCAAUGGACACUGGCAGAGACACCAUCCCGAAACGGCCGAUCCUAUGUACGUGGCAUGCGAGAACGGCGAUUUGACAACACUCCAGUGGCUCCAUGCGAAGGGAAUUGUCGUCCAUGAAAGAUAUCUGCAGCCUGCAGUUGAAAAAGGCUAUGACGAGAUGGCUCGCUGGUUGAUUGCCACGGGUGCGGUUACCGACUAUGAAGACAAUUACAGCAAAAGCACGCUGCUAUCCGCUUUACAAAAUAAUUGCCUUGCAGCUGCGCGGCUGCUGCUUGAGCAUGGCGUGCGCAUCGACUCGAACGUCUGCCCGAAUGAGGAUGGUAACCAUUUACACCAUGUCUCGAAGAAUCGGCACCAAAUCCCUCUGGCAAAACUUCUUAUUGAGCGCGGUUUAUCUGUUGAUUCGAGAGACGAUGAGGGCCGGACGUUUCUAUCCCAUGCCUUCCAGGGGCCUUUCGAUGAGCCUUGGGUGCGCUACUUACUCGAUCGCAAAGCCAGUGUUGAAUCCAGGGACGAUUACGGUCGGACACCGCUUUCCUGGGCGGCAGAAUAUGGCGAUGAAGCCGGAAUCCGUUUCUUGCUGAAGCUGGGGGCCAAGACCGAGUCAAGGGACAACCACGGCCAUACGCCGCUGUCCUGGGCGGCAAGAGGUGGCAAUGAAGUUGGAAUUCGUUUGUUGCUGGACUCAGGGGUCGAUAUUGAGUCUACGGGCGAUCGUGGCCAGAGGCCGCUUUUCUGGGCUGCGCAACAAAGGAACGCGUCUGCAUUGCGUCUACUCCUUGACCGAGGGGCUGAUCCAAAGGCCAGGAACAAUGGAGAACAAACGGCACUCUUUGGAGCUGCCCUUUCCGGACCAGAGCUAUCAGUGGUUUACUUACUUGACGCAGGGUCUGAUAUUGAGGCCAAGGACCGCAGGGGUUGUUCACCGCUCUCGUUGGCUUCGAGGACUGGGAACGAGUGUGUAGUACGUCUAUUGCUCGAAAAGGGGGCGAACAUUGAGUCGACCAAUGAAGAGGGGAUGUCCCCCCUUUCGCAAGCUGCACGGUAUGGAUAUCCCCAGAUUGUGUUGCUGUUGCUCAAGCAUGGAGCCAAUAUCGAGUGGAAGAACUGCGACGGCGAUACACCGCUCAUGUUAGCGCCAUAUUUCCCAGGUUCGAAUUGA